GCGGGGCCGGCGGCCGCGGGAGGGCGGCGCGGCCCGCGGCCCGGUCGCUCCCGCUGCAGCUGCUGGCCGGCGCGCUGUGCCCUGACAGCCGGGCCUCGGCCGCUCUCGUCUCGGCCGCGUCCCGGGCUGCCUCUGGUGACCACUCGCCGCGCCGCCGGAGGCUUCACCCGCGCCCUCCCUCAGGACGCGCCCGCGGAGCUCGGGCGCCUUCGCCCCGGACCCGGAGGCCGCGCUGCGCGGGGCGGCGGCGAGGCCGGAAGAUGGCCUGGGUGCUCAAGAUGGACGAGGUGAUCGAGUCCGGGCUGGUGCACGACUUCGACUCCAGCCUGUCGGGCAUCGGGCAGGAGCUGGGCGCCGGCGCCUACAGCAUGAGCGAUGUGUUGGCAUUGCCCAUUUUCAAGCAAGAAGAUUCCAGCCUUUCCUUGGAUGGCGAGGCCAAGCACCCCCCCUUCCAGUAUGUGAUGUGUGCUGCAACUUCGCCAGCUGUGAAACUGCAUGAUGAGACGCUCACUUACUUGAACCAGGGUCAGUCUUACGAAAUUCGGAUGCUGGAUAAUCGCAAAAUGGGAGAUAUGCCUGAGAUCAGUGGGAAGUUGGUAAAGAGCAUCAUAAGGGUGGUGUUCCACGAUAGACGGCUACAGUAUACAGAGCAUCAGCAGCUUGAAGGCUGGAAGUGGAAUCGCCCAGGAGACAGACUUCUCGAUUUAGAUAUUCCAAUGUCUGUGGGAAUAAUUGACACAAGGACAAACCCAAGCCAGUUAAAUGCAGUUGAAUUUCUGUGGGACCCUGCAAAGCGCACGUCUGCCUUCAUUCAGGUGCACUGCAUCAGCACAGAAUUCACUCCACGUAAGCAUGGAGGUGAAAAGGGAGUGCCUUUUAGGAUCCAGGUUGACACCUUUAAGCAGAAUGAAAACGGAGAAUACACAGAUCAUCUUCACUCAGCUAGUUGCCAAAUCAAAGUCUUUAAGCCUAAAGGUGCUGAUAGGAAACAAAAAACUGACCGAGAAAAGAUGGAGAAGAGAACGGCUCAUGAAAAAGAAAAGUAUCAGCCGUCUUAUGACACCACCAUCCUCACAGAGAUGAGGCUUGAGCCUAUAAUUGAAGAUGCAGUUGAACAUGAGCAGAAAAAGUCCAGCAAGCGGACUUUGCCAGCAGACUACGGUGAUUCUCUGGCAAAGCGAGGCAGUUGUUCUCCGUGGCCUGACACCCCCACAGCCUAUGUGAAUAACAGCCCUUCCCCAGCGCCCACCUUCACCUCCUCACAACAGAGCACCUGCAGUGUCCCAGACAGCAAUUCUUCAUCCCCAAAUCACCAGGGAGACGGAGUUGCUCAAGCAUCUGGGGAACAAAUUCAGCCUUCAGCUACAACCCAGGAAACACAGCAGUGGCUGCUCAAAAACAGGUUCUCUUCAUAUACAAGACUGUUCUCUAAUUUUUCAGGUGCCGAUUUAUUAAAGCUGACAAAGGAGGAUUUAGUUCAGAUCUGUGGUGCAGCCGAUGGAAUUCGGCUCUAUAAUUCCCUGAAGUCAAGGUCGGUUAGGCCCCGCUUAACCAUCUAUGUCUGCCAGGAGCAGCCGACUAGCAGUGUGCCGCAAGGGCCCCAAGCUGCAGGCGAGAGUGGCGGUGGGACCCCCUGCGUUUAUCAUGCAAUCUACUUGGAAGAAAUGGUUGCCUCAGAAGUUGCUCGAAAACUUGCUUCAGUGUUUAAUAUUCCUUUCCACCAAAUUAACCAAGUUUACAGACAGGGCCCCACUGGUAUCCACAUUCUUGUUAGUGACCAGAUGGUUCAGAACUUCCAAGACGAGAGUUGUUUUUUAUUCUCCACAGUGAAAGCUGAAAAUAAUGAUGGUAUUCACAUAAUUUUGAAAUGAUACCUUAUACAGACUGAACUCUAUCCAGUACCAAAUAAAGUCAUGCUUAAAAGUGUGUGAAGACUGAAUCCAAGAAGUCUUGGGAUUGGAUUUUACUGUGAAAUGUUUCAUAUUGAAAACACAAGAUGACCUUCCUAACGAGCUGUAGGAGAGACAAGUCUCCUCAUUGCCACUGCCGCAGCCCAGCACCCUCGAGAGUGAGCACAUCCAUCAGUCGACGUGCAACCAGCUCCCGGCCAUGGGGGACACAGUGCCCACUUCCCUAGCCAGGGACCAGCGGACAGAGUUCCCAGGAGUCUCUGCCAGCUUUUUACACUGUAUGCGGUUUGAAAUGAAUGUAAAACUCAACUGUGGGCAUUUACCUUUCUGUGCCAGUUUGGGUUUGUUUCCUGACCCUCAAUGCUGACCUGGGGAGGAGAUAGGGUGUGCUCUCCUUGGGGAGCUGUGCUGACGCGGCAGCAUGGUCAGGUAAGGGGCUGAGCACCUUCUCAGAGGAUCAUGCCAGACCAGGGAAAAGCCAAGCAGAGAAGACGAGCAAACUAGCAGCAGUACCUUGGUGUGAGGUCAGUGUAAACCCUAAUAGGUACAAAGACUGGGUGUUUGGCUUUUGCUUCCAUUUUUAGCAUUUGAGUUCCCAGAUUUCUCCUUGUGAAACCUCCUUGCCUUUUAAACUCACGUGGUUUCCUUUUCUCACCUGCUCCAGCUUCCCAAGCAGUGGAACUCCAGGUGUGUGCCUGUGCCAUGCCGGGCUGUUUUUAAACAUGUUUAAACAUUAGAACUAGGUGAUGUGAUGUAACGGGGGAAACAGAGUAUUAUUGUUGAUAGCUUCUCACUUGGUGUUUUGAAUGAGAUGAAAGUACCCAUGGAAACACUAGAUGUCACAACAAGACACUAAAAUGUACCAUAACCCCCUCCUCUCCCCUCACAUGCUGAGUUUCAGUUCAGUCAUGGCUGUACACUCUGGUGAUCGGUUGGGGCUGUUACGGUGUUCGCAUCUCUGCUGCUGCUCUGUGACAGGCGUGCCUCUUCAGGGUCACAUGCUCGAACACCACUCUCAAAGGGGGGGGUCUUUGGCUUUCCCUUCCUCCACUGCCAUUAAUUACUCCCUCAUCACCAUCUCUCCAGGAUUCAACAGCAAACUUCUUGUGAGGCCUGUGGCAGGUCUGAGUUUUACAAAGCGUUUUUUCCAUUUUAAUUAUGUAGCAUCUCCGCCCAUUUGCUCGGCUGCUGGCUGUGAUGUCUAUCUGACCUUGUUCAGGUGGGUAGGAGUGACUGCUUCCGUGAGUGAAGGCGUUAACGUCUUGCAUUUUAGUUUUUAGUUAUGAUGGGGGUUAAUUAUUUGCCACAAACUCUAAACUGUCUCGAUAUUUUCAUCUUGGGCUUGGCAGUGCCAUAGCUCUGCGGGCCCUUUAAGAGGGGCACAUUCCCAUCUGUCCUUCCCUUUGCUUUUGUGUGACCACAUGCUUUCUGUACCAGUCACUUAUUUGGAAAGAAGUGAAUUUAUCUACUUGUUUUUAGAGUUUUGCUUGUCUCUUAGCUUUCUUUUUUGGAUCUUAUGAUUUGUGGAACAAUAAAUGUCAUUUAAUGCUGUGUGCUAUUUUCUAAUCCGUAUCAGGGUUAGAAAAGUGGGGUGAAAGUACUCACAAGCCCCUCAGACUGAAACUGCGCUGAGCAGCACAGACUGCCAGUCUGUCUCAGUGAGACGCAGAACCCACGCACCAGCAGUUUGCUACUUUGUUAAUAGGAUGCACAGCUCCGUCUAAUAAAUGUUUUCUGAUUGUUUUGUAAA